UUCCGGAAGUACACAAACACAGGGCACUCACGUUGCUUUUUAGCAAUGGACACCAUACAUGCUUGUUUCAAAGAGAAAAUCGGUGAAGUGCUUUUACCAGGAGAUGUGUUCUCUUUCAGGCUGCCUGAAUCUGGAGAUGGUUCUAUCAAAUCCGAAAAGAUAAUAUGCGGUCCAGGGCUCCGGAGAAACGGAGAGGAAGUUCGAGUGUGUAAAAGUGGAAUUUUGCGCCAUAAACAGCCAAAUAUGUACUGGAUAGACUCUCAGCAGAGACGGUAUGUACCAGCCAAAGGUGAAAGUGUGAUCGGCAUUGUGACAACAAAGUCUGGAGAUGUCUUCAAAGUGGACGUGGGAGGAAGUGAACAGGCAUCUCUUUCAUACCUAGCAUUUGAGGGAGCAACCAAGAGGAACAGACCUAAUGUGCAGGUUGGAGAUCUGGUGUAUGGUCAGUUCACAAUUGCAAACAAAGAUAUGGAGCCCGAGUUGGUUUGUAUAGACAGCUGUGGCAGGGCCAACGGGAUGGGGGUGUUUGGAGCUGAUGGGCUGCUCUUUAAAGUAUCACUGGGACUCGUGCGCAGACUUCUGGCUCCUCAGAGUGAAAUCAUAAAGGACCUGGAGAAGAUCUUCCCCUUUGAGCUGGUUGUUGGGAUGAAUGGCAGAGUGUGGGUGAAAGCAAAGACCGUUCAGCAGACGCUGAUCGUGACCAAUCUCCUGGAGACAUCUGAGAACAUGACCUCCCAACAGAGACAGACACUGUUUAAGAGAGUGGCAGAAGGCUCCCUCUAGAGGACAUCUGAAAUACCACAACACAUCUGGUGGCGGACAUGCCAAAAUUACACAUCAUCAGUUUUCAGUUAUUCAAAGCCUCUGAAACAGUUGAGAAAGCACAGAGCCUACAAUGGACAUCACUUCCUUUGUAUUUCCAGUUUUGAAAACAGAAUAAGGAAGCAAAUAAGAGAAGUCACCAUUUCUCUUUAAAGAAAUCAAUACAUUUGUCUUUUUUAAUUAGAAAAAUACACUUUUGUAUGAGUAAAAAUGAAUAAAAACCUGGUGAAACUGCAAAUGCAAACAAAUUUUUGUUGUAGUGAUUAUCGUUAAUAACUUCUACUUGAUGUUCGCUGUGUUAAUCGUGUCCAGAAGGGGGCACUUUUCUCCAGUUUCGUAACCGGCUUGUGGUUUUGCUGGAAAUGACUUCAGAUGUUUGGAUAUGCGAAAUGCAAUGACUUUAACCAGCGUCAUUUUAUAUCCAGUUAUCCUAUUUUUAUAGGCAUGUGGAACAUUAAUCAUUGCUGUAGUCUACGGAAAGCCUAAGGUGUCAGUAAUAAAUGUGUUAUC